AAUAUGAGUUGGCAAAGAUCAAAACUGAGCCAAAUUAAACCAAACUAUAUCCAACAAGGUUCCCACUAAAUAAGAUGCCUUACUUAUAGAAAUGCUUAAAGGACGGUAUAUAACAAUAUCAACAUAAUGAAAUGGAUUUCUUUCCUGAGAGCUUCGUCCUUCUUCAUCACUAUAGUUAUAUCUAUCUACCAUAAUGCUGCUGCUACCAUAAAACUACCGAAAACGGAACAAUUCCAGCAUUGAUUGUUUAGGAGAUUGAAUGGUGGAUCCUGGAAACAACCUAUGAAUACUGUCGUAGAACUCAAUUUCAUAGGAAGAAAGGCUUCCGGGAGGUUUGGUAAUUGAGUUAAUUACCACCGUUUUAGACUAUUGCAUGGUCUGUAUAUUUCAUUCGUUGGACAUUUUCUGGAAACUUGUUGAAGAAAUGUUUAGAUACAGCAACUAAGGAAAUAGUAUUAUCAAGCUGUUGACAGAGGCAAAAUUAUUUCUGUCACAAUAGGCUAUCGGAUAAGCAUUGGCCAUCAUACAUAAUGGAGGUAAUAAACCGUAUUGCUUUUUAGGUUUGAUUGCCCGCCCAAUUAAUAUGCUUCUCUUUUAGCGGCUUUUUGUAAUUAUUGUGAACUGUUUUAUGGUAGCAAAAAAGAAUUGGAAUCCUCAUGCAUUGCAGAGAAAAGUACAUUGAAAUCCAACUAUAUUGAACAGCUACUACAAAGUACAUUAUUGUUCUAGGCUAAAUAACUGAGCUGAAGCUGCGGUUAUAGAGAUGCUUAUAAAGACCCAAAAGUUGAUUACUUGAAGAAGAAGAAGCAAAAGUAUCCACAUAUUACAAUGGCUUUUCUCUCCCCAAUAAUUCUUCCUUCAUCUUCAUCUGUCAGAGUUUCUGUGAUUAUCUUAUUUAUAUUGCUCUCCCAUAAUGUUGCUGCUAUAACACUAUCCAAAAAUGGAACAGCUCCAGCGGUGUUUGCUUUUGGAGAUUCAAUAUUGGAUACUGGCAAUAACGAUUACAUCGUUUCUAUGAGCAAAAGCAAUUUCCCACCUUAUGGAAGAGACUUUAUGGGAGGAAUGCCUACAGGAAGGUUUAGCAAUGGAAGAGUCCCCUCAGACUUCGUUGCUGAAGAAUUAGGAGUGAAGAAGGUGUUGCCGGCUUAUCUGGAUCCGAAUUUGCAGCUUCAAGACCUACUUACUGGUGUAUGUUUUGCCUCAGGAGGUUCAGGAUAUGACCCUCUCACUCCCAAAUUACAGUCUGUCUUGUCAUUAUCAGAUCAAUUAGACUUGUUCAAAGAAUACAAAAGCAAGAUAAACACAGCAAUUGGGAAUGAAAGAACAGCCACUCUACUGUCAGAAAGCUUAUUCAUCCUUUCAAUAGGAACCAAUGACCUUGCAAUUAAUUAUUUUUCUACACCACUGAGGAGCGCUCACUAUGAUAUUCCAGCUUAUACAGAUCUCCUGCUUGAAGUAGCUUCAAAUUUCCUCCAGGAACUUUAUGCACUGGGAGCAAGAGUGAUUGGAGUAAUAAGUAUGCCGCCAAUUGGGUGUGUGCCAGCACAGAGAACACUCGAUGGAGGCAUAGAGAGAGCCUGCUAUGAGACUGAGAACCAAGCAGCAGUCCUCUUCAACUCGAAGCUCUCCCCCCUUAUAGACUCCCUCAAUAAGAGACUUCCAGAAGCACAACUCAUUUACAUUGAUAUAUAUAACCCUUUGUUGUCCCUUAUCCAAGACCCUGCUCAAUAUGCAUUUGAAGUGGUGGAUAAAGGAUGCUGUGGAACAGGAACUGUGGAGUCCGGGCCUCUGUGUAACAAAGACACUCCAGUUAUUUGCAACGAUGCGUCCAAGUACAUAUUCUGGGAUAGCUUUCAUCCCACAGAAACAGCUUAUAGGAUCCUCACCUCUGCAAUAUUAAAGCAGAUUGACAAAUUCUUCUGAACUGUCUGAAGAAUCAUAGAAGUUAUAUUAAGUGCUAGUUUUGUACGGUUGUGCUUAUAAGAUAAAUUGGCUUAUAGUGUGAUAUGAGAAUAAGUGGUUGUUUAGUAAAGCAGUCAGGUGUUACCGA